AUGCCAUUAUCCUCCCUCAUGUGUACAAACCCAAGAGCUCUAGUGCCUCAGACAGCCGUGCAGAGACGUCACAUCGCAUUCGGUGUGAUUCUUCUCUUCUUUAGCAUUGCUCUCAUGAUCUCUGAGGCCAAGCGACCUAGCUCCGCUUACACGGGUUACUGGGUCGGUGUGGCAAGUCUCUUUCCGGCCGCCGGAGCCAUCGUACUGGGGUUAAAACCAAAUCGCUACGUCCUAAUUACGACCUGUGUGAUGGAUUUUGUCGCUGCCCUGACUUGCGUCUCAGGAGCAAUUCUGUCGUUGGUUUUUUUCAGCAUUCAAGUCUACGCCGUUGGAUGGCUCUCCGUCAUUCUGACCACAUUCCUACUAUAUCAUGCCUUCGCGAUAUUUGGCGAAUUGGAUAUUUGUUGUCGACUGGCCAUGUUCGAGUUGCCAGAGGAAGCGCCAGAGGAAGCACGUAGGCGGCAUCAUGGCGAAAACAUCCCUGCACCGCCAAUCGACUUUAUUAUGCCCAACGAGGUGAGGAAACCCCCAAAUUAUGAUCAACUCUCAGUGCGCGGCGAUCCACCGCUGUAUGAAACACUGA